CGGAGCGAGUCGUUGUCCAAGGUGAAACGGAAUCGCCAGCUGCUGCGGCGUACACCCAUGCCAAAACGGUGGUUGCGGCCUGCUUCCCUGUCGUCGAGUGAUGAAACCCAUCGCCUUUCAGGCAGUUAGUGCCGGUCCAGCUUCGGAGAUACUCAAUUUGAAAUUGGGCACGCCGGGACUAAUCGGCCUGUCACCUACCUCAGGGCUUCGGUGCUUCUCGACAGCCAACAUGCCGAAUCGAUCCUUGCCAGCAAACAGUCGUGGGGGAAAAAGGGAUACACAAACAAAAGAAGUGGAAAUCGCUGGCCCUUACCUUUUGUUUGGUCCCCACUCAACCGCCGCACUAUUCGCGUUCCUGAUUGGGAAGUACAAAACUUCUGAGUGCCGCUUUUAGCACAGCAUUUUGGUCUUAUGCUCAUUUUUUGCCUUGUUUGGUACGCUUACCCCGGUCCAGCGAAGGAUAUGGCCGUGUCCGGCGGUCACGAUGGCCCAGAAUAAGGCUCGUAUUUAUAGGAGGAAGGAAUC